GCCAAACUUUGCUUUCCACCACAAAUGAUUCCCCAUUAGAUAAUUAGCAUCUUUUGGCUCAAACAAUAGCUUCUCCUGGAUGUCACUUAACGUAGAUGGGAAGUGGAGAGAUAGAACCACUCAUGUGAAAUUGCAUUCUUGUUCCAGGCCGUGUUAUGCUUCUUUGAAGCGGAGUUCAAGACUGCUAUUUGUACUGGUCGUACUAGUGGCUUCUUGAAGGACUUGGCUUCUCUUUCCUUACUAUGUUGAUGAUGAACAAUUGGUUCGAGCAGCUUUUGCAUUUCGACGCCAGCAUCAACCUCUUGCUUGAGAGCUUGGGGGCAGUUGAUUUCUCGCCUUCAUUGGGUUGUCGGUUCCUAACCCCUUGGCACCAUUGACGAGCUUCAUGCUGGGUUCCUUCUUCGCCCCACAUGCUAGCAGCCGAUCAAAUCUUGCGUUAAGAGCAGCAAAACCUUCCCGCAUCACCUCCCUCAACAUCGCGUUCUCGUGCACCAUCGCCUCCAGCAUAGAUUCAAGUGAUUUUGCACGAACUUCCAUUGUUGUAGGAUCGACCGGCUCUGAUACCAAAUGUUACGUGCACGUUUUGUAGAAUAUGAUUUACGGAGAAAGAUUGGAAUAGGAAGAAGAAGAAUAUAGGAAAGAUAGAUAGAUUGGUAAAAGAGAAUUGUUCCCUUUGAUGGCGAGAACGGAACCCCUAAGCUUUUUCGAGGAAAGCCAACCUCUCAAAUUAACACGUAGGUGUGUAAAACCCUUUUCCUAAUUAUACUUGAUUGAUACCCCUUCCUCUCUACAUCUCCUUUAAAUAGAGAACUUAAAACUAAUAACCCUAUAACCUAGCAAACUAAUCGAAAAUACCAAAACAAUUAUCACUAAACUAAAUUCCCUUAAUUCUAGUUAACCACUAACACCACAAUCUCACUUCUAAACCCCUAAUUAAUUUCUAAUAAAAUUAAAUAAACGCACAUGACAUCUCUCCUGCAACAGUUAUUAGUGAAUAGAAAGGGAAAACAAAUGAGUACUCGGGUUUUCGGUUUUCCGUACAGACGGCGGCGAGACCCCGAGUCUGGUGGCCGCCGCUCCACAGACUUGGACCACGACCUCGAGGACAAUAUUCCAGUACCAAAUAUGCUGACCGUCUCCGCCGUUAGGUAUAUCUCUGUCACUCUCGCUUCUUCCCUCUGAACCCAUGGCUGCUUCUAUUCCACUCCGUGCUAAUCGCGCUCCUCCUGCCAUGGAGUUGGGUUUAUGCAUCAUCUCGUUCCCGUUUUUCUUAUCACCGCAUACCUUUGACAUAUAACGGUAUUGCAAAUUGCCGACUGGAAUUAUGCAUUUAAACUCCUCCCCUUUUUUUCCCCCAGCAAGCUGCACUCGUGCUCAAUGCUUCUCGCCGAUUCCGUUAAACCCUAGACUUGAAGAAAGAGGAGAAGCCAUUUGGGUAUAUGUCUCAUUUGCUAACUCGUAGCUCUGCCUCUUGUGCUACUGCCCAUGGUUUUUAAUCUCUAUAUGCUGGACAGGCAGCAUAUCUUUUCAAGGAGGCUGGAUUCCGAGUAAAUGGUACUUUCUCCUCUCUAUUAAUCUUCAGUGUUUAGUACUUAUCGUUGACAAGUUGUGCUGGGUGAUAGUGGUUUUUGGGGAUUGUGUUCCUGGUUCAUAUGUGUAGGGUUUGCUUUUUCACAUCUCCUUCCAAUAUUCUCAAUUACCAUCACAUUGUACUGCCAUCCUAAUUCACAACUAGGCGAUGUGAAUUGCUUCAAAGUAGCAUAGGAUGUGGUUUGCUUUUUUGUGUGGACUUCCUGUUCUUCUUUCUUUCAUCGACUUCAAUCUUGUUUAGCUUCCUACUCACAGUGAAAUUGUUGAGAUGUUUGUGCAAUCAUGCCAUCAAUUGCCUUUCCUUAUUGAUCACAUUGUGUAUUCAGCUGUCUAUUUUCUCUUGGGUUAAAGACAUAUUUGAUCACUGAGAUUACUAAAUCGGGACAUGUUUAGUCACUAGAAAAAGUUAAUAUCAAAAUUGGUCACUAUAAUUACUAAAACGGGACACAUUUAGUCACUCGCCGUUAGUUGCCGUCCAACUCCGUUAACAGAGUCUGUUAUGUGCUGAUGUGGCUAACGUGAGCGCCUAGUCAGCGCCUUUUUGGGUCGGAAAUGGUCAAACCCGACCUGCCACGUCACUAAACCAGCCAUAUCAUAACCCCAACCCAUGAACUGAAUCCGACCCUGAACCAAACCCGACCCACUUAACAAAAGCAAACCCGCCUCACUUCUCCUUCCUCUCGUUCCUCAUCUCCCCACCUCCACCUCUCGCAAGCUUCCACCACCACAAUCUCCCGCCGCAAAAUGGAAACAGAGCCUCUCCACCCAACAGCCGCCGCCGGCAGCUACCAAGACGAAGAGAACAGAGCCUCUCUACAUCCUCCAUGAGCUCUCCUCCAAACUUAGAAGCGCCAACCACCGCCGUGGACCUCCGAUUCCUCACCCACCACUUAUCCUCUGCUUCUCCCCCGCUACCACCAUGGAAACCAACCAGAUCCGAGAAACCCCAUUCUCGAUCGGACCUCCGUUCCCUCACCCACCACUUAUCCCCUACUUCUCCCCUGCUGCCGCCAGGGAAACCAACCAGAUCCUAGAAACCCCAUUCUUGAUCGAACCUCUGAUCCCUCACCUAUCACUUAUCCCCUGAGUUCUUGAAAACCCUAAUCUCGAUGAGAGAACAGAGUUCUUGAAAAUCCAUUAACGUAGUCAUACUCCUCCUCGUCCAACCCGCAAUCGAAGUUGAGGACGUAGCUCUCGACGUUGUAAUUGAACUUCUAAAACCUCCACCAAUUGAAAUUCUGCUGCUGUUGGUUUUCGCCUUCCCCUGUUUUCGCUCCUCCCCUGUUUUGUAUCAGAAGGUAAUUGUUGCUUUCGUCGUUGGCGAUUUUGUUCCCCCGUCGUUGGCGGCUGUUGGGUGGAGAGGCUCUGUUUCCAUUUUGCGGCGGGAGAUUGUGGUGGUAGAAGCUUGUGAGAGGUGGAGGUGGGGAGAUGAGGAACGAGAGGAAGGAGAAGAGAAGCGGGUUUGCUUUUGUUAAAGUGGGUCGGUUAUGAUUCAGGGUCGGGUUCGGUUCAUGGGUUGGAUUGGGGUUAUGAUAUGGCUGGUUUAGUGACGUGGCGGGUCUGGUUUGACCAUUUCCGUCCCGUUUUAGUAAUUAUAGUGACCAAUUUUGAUAUUAACUUUUUCUAGUGACUAAACAUGUCCCGAUUUAGUAAUCUCAGUGACCAAAUAUGUCUUUAACCCAUUUUCUCUUGUUAGAGAUCCAUGUGUAUGAUUGGGUCGCUUUCUUCAUUUGGCCUCCUGCCGGUAGGUCUUCGUUUGACCUGUUUGUGAAUCUAGAACAGCCAAUACCCCAUUCGGCUCUUUAUUUGGUCAUUGCCCAUCUUUGGUGCACUCUCUCUGUGCAUGUUAGUUCAAAUUCUGCCACAGCUCUCUUACCUUGUUGAGCUGUUGGUGAAGUUGGUCUUCUGUUUUAUAGAUAUGGAAAGAUGGGCUUUUAGUUCAUUUUAAGAAUAAUUACUACUUCAUACUUCGUAUGCCACCUGAUUACUUAUUCCAUUUCCUUUUACAUGGAAAACAGACUUGGAAAAAACCCUAGGCAGGAAAUUUGCAGUUUCCCAAGAACAGCUUACCACGGUGACAAGGGAUCAUAAUUUUACUGCUCUACAGGAUCUUGGUGGUGUAAGUCCCCUUUCCAUGUUGAUAUUAUGCAUUUGUGUUUGGGUUUUUGUUUCUGACAUUUGUGCUUUUCAUCGUUAAAGGGCUUACUGAGGCCCUGAAAACGAGUCCUGAUAAAGGAAUUCUUGGAGAUAAUGCUGAUUUAGUGAAACGAAAGAAUGCGUUCGGCUCUAGUACGUAUCCCCAAAAGAAGGGAAGGAGCUCUUGGGUAUUGUUUCUUACAGUUCCUAAAUCUUUCUUUUGCAUUUCACUAGCCACUUGAACAUGGAAAAGCUGUCUUAUCUGAAAUCUGUCUGGUCUGCUUUAUUGCAGACGUUUCUUUGGAAAGCUUGGCAAGAUUUGACCUUAAUCAUAUUGAUGGUAGCUGCAUCUUUGGCUUUGGGCACAAAACAGAGGUAGGAAUCAGUGUCAACUGCUGGUCAUCACAUCAUGCAAUCCAUUUGUAUUGUUGUAUGGUGUUAGGUCCACAAUCUUGGGGAGCUAAUCAUCACUUUGAGGAUGAUAAUGAGUUUUGCUUGCUUAUUAUGGUGUUUAAGUUUAUGGGAUUUUCGAGUUACUAUUUAAUUCAAUUGCAACCCAACGCGACGAGGCAUGUUUGCAUUCUGGAUUCAGUGGUUUUAUUGGCAUUCUGUUGCUUCAGUGGUUUAAUCGCCAAACUACGACAAGAGUUUCACCUUUUGAAGCGCCAGUCACAUAGGGCUUUGGUAUUGGGAGGUGUUUCCUUCUGUUUUCCCUUCUUGGCAAUAGACUUUGUUUCGAUAAGUUAUUUGAACUAUGAAUGGCCUGCACUUGUCCUCUUCCUUCUGACUCUAUAUUUUGGUUUUGAUGCGUGGUCGGUUUAUUUGGUAUCCAGUUUCUUGUAGGGUAUCAAGGAAGGCUGGUCAAUGAUGUCAGCAUUGCCUUUGCUGUUAUUCUCGUAAUUGUUGUAACUGGUAUGGUAUUUCAUCUGGAAUUAUGUUUUAGUUUUGGAAAGUAGUGCAUUCCACUUUUAAUACUUUGCUGAUAACUAUUUUCACUGUUAAGGCCACACUAAAAAGGAUAUCUCAUGAAAAGCAGGAUUAUAUGGAUUCUGUAUUUCUGGUAUUUAGGUCUCCAUCUGUUUAUAGGUUCUGCAUACUGGUCAUCAGUAGUGUAUGAUGUUCUUGACCUCGGAAUGCGUUUUUCCAGCUUUCAGCUCUUCAUUAUGACUAGUAAUAUAUUUUUGUACAAAUUGCUUUACUUGGACAAAGUGCAGCCUGCUUCUUGUGCUAUGCUUUAUUAGUUAUUUUCCCAUCUUAUCUUGUAAAUGAAAUUCUCAAUCUCUCAUUUGAGGGUGUCCUAGAUGAAAAGUUCACAGGCUGGAAAAUAUAAUCUUGAAAUAAGAAUAAUAAGUAAAAGUAAAAUACCAGCUAUAGCCUUUUUUGUGAUUAGUUGAGAAUGUUCGUGGUCGAAUUUCCAUCUGGCUAAAUUAUAUUGUAAAGAAGCCCAAGUGAUUGGCCUACAGUGUAGGGUGGAUGAAAAACCAUGUCAUGCUCUCUAUUUUCAAUUCUUCAGGUCUGAAGGUUCGCCUAUAUUUAAAGAAAAACCUUUGGAAUGGAGCUGUUCUUAAAAAAAAAUCGAAGCCUUCAUUUACCACCACUUUGAGAUACUGGCUCGAUGACUACUUAAGUCUGAUUCUCUCUUCCCAUCUCCAGUGGGUUCCCAAGCCUCCCGCAGUUUGUUGUGGAAAAUAUUUCAGCUCUGGUAUUAGGUGCAUGUACUGCAUGUUUUGACAGCACUUUGGUCUUCCAUCUGUGACUGCUCCUUAAUAAUAGCUCAGCAGUUGUUGACAUGUCAGGGCCUUGUUAGCUAUUAUUAGCUAAUUCCAAAUGGGUUAUUAUGUGAUACUUUCUGUAUCACUAGAGGAAACAUCUUAAUUUGAUUUGUGCUGCUUUUAAGUUUGUAAUCUACUUCUUGAAAAGUUUUUGGCUACCCAUCCAUUCUGCAGUUUCCUGAGUUAACCUCUUCUUCCUUUCAGCUAUUAGUGAUAAAAGACAGUCUCUGCA